CCUCGGAGCCCCGGCGCGCGGCCGGCUGCACCAUGGACUCGGACUCCGCAGAGCUGAGCGAAGGGGAGCUGCUCGCGCCAGCAGGUAACAUUACAAGAUAAGAAACGAGGGUUGGAACUUGAUAAGAUACAAGACAGAUAGAGACCUGAACUGUUUUCAUGGAAGAGUCAGCUGGCUGUUUGUCAUCGUUUGGGUGUUGAAGACCAACACAGACUGCUCCUGAAUGGAGCUGAACAGGGGUUACAUUUCGAUAAGGAUGAUGAAACUGAAAAAAGCUCACAUCAAACUCAAUGUUCUGCUCACUGCUUCAAUAAAGUUUGUCAAUGCAAUGUUUGAUCUUGUUGAAUCUGAAGAAGCCAAUUUUCUGAAACCUACUUUUUGAAAUGAGCACAAAUCCAUUUUAAGUUAUUACUGAACAGCUACUUUUUCCUUGGAAGAAUUCUCUUGUCACUUGUUUCCUGCUACUUCUUACAAUUUUAGACCUAUCAACUUAGAAAAACACACACAAAUAUUUGGAGAUUAAACACUCAUUUGCAGGAGGGGCACGGAUCAAAGCAUCAUGGUGCCAAGCAGUGUACAGACACACAGCGCACGCACACACACAAAAGCAGCCACACAGCCCCUGCCCCAAUGAGCUCAAUCUAUUUUAUGACAUGAUGCAACAUGAGGAUGUGUGGGAAAGGGAAGAGGAAGUCAUAGUAAAGCAAGUCCUGAUUGUUUCAGUUCAAAGAACCUUGCGCUGCAAGCACAGAAAAAGCUCCUGAGUAAAAUGGCUACCAAAACUAUGGCUAACAUGCUCAUUGACGACACAAGCAGCGAAAUAUUUGAUGAGUUAUAUAAAGUAACUAGAGAACAUACAAGGAACAAGAAGGAAGCUCACAAAAUUAUGAAGGACUUGAUUAAAGUGGCAAUAAAAAUUGGGAUCCUCUACCGAAACAAUCAGUUCAACCAAGAAGAGCUGGAAAUCGUAGACAAAUUCAGAAAGAAGCUGAAUCAGACAGCCAUGACAAUUGUCAGUUUUUACGAGGUAGAAUACACCUUUGAUAGAAAUGUUCUCGCAGAACUUCUGAACGAAUGUAAAGACCUGGUGCACGAACUGGUAGAGCGACACCUGACACCAAGGUCCCAUGGGCGUAUCAACCAUGUCUUCAAUCACUUUGCAGAUGUGGAAUUCCUCACUGCCCUGUAUAGCCUUGAUGGGGAUUGCCGACCACACCUCAAAAAGAUCUGUGAUGGAAUCAACAAACUACUUGAUGAGAAAGUCCUUUGAAACUUUGCCUUUUACAAAACAAAAACUCAUUCCUAGAGCUGCAGCAAAUUGGCCAUACUCGAUGAGUUGUGGCAAAGCUUGUGAGCUUCCUUCCUACCAUCCGCCUACUACACGGACUUCAUCAGAAACCAGCAUGUGCUCACUUGGCUUAUUAUGAAGAAAACCUCCCCAGAAAGCUACAAAUUGUAAUUCUCAGUUCACAGGGAUUUCAGCCUUUUCAAAGGAGGGAGCCAAGGGGGGUGCUGAUGUUUAUUAUUCAGAACAAGAUCACAGCACAUCA